AUGCCCAGCAUCCACUCGAUCCGCCCCGAGGACGACGUCUGCGGGAAAUGGCCCGGUCUCUGGUCACAAGGACACCUCAUGGACUCUCUCAUCUGCUGCAUGAUGUUCCGAGACCUCCAUCACAUGGACGAGGACAGCAUCGCCUACGUGCUCGGGAUCAGCUACACAGGAUGUGCAGGGAUGACGGGGCGAGACGUCGUGGAGCUUUAUGGAUUCUUGCAAGCCAAUCCGACCCUGCACAGCAACCCGAUCAAGUACUGGCUGGACAACUUGAAUCGAAACGUGGAGAAACCCGACGGUCGGCGUUUGGUGACCUUGGCGAUCCUGAGGUUCGGCCGCAGAAGUCGUCCAAGGGAACGGUGA